CGUGAGGCGGCUCCGGGUGGGGCGAAGAGGUAUUGGGAAGAAAUUCUUUACUGUGAGAGUAAAGUAAAAACCCGGGCACCGGCACGGAUUCCCCAGACAAGCUGUGGAUAUCUGCUCUCUGGCGAUGUCCAAGGCCGACUUGGAUUGAGCUCUGAGCAGCCCGGUCUAGCGAAAGGUGCCCUCCCCAUGGCUGGGGGUUUGGAACGAGAUGCUCACAAGUGAAAGGUGAUCAGAAAGACAGCCUUGUUUGUUGGUUCUUGUUCCUUGCGAAGUCCGGAUGUGGUUUUUUCUUAAUGGCGUGGGGAGAAUGAGGAAGUGAAUGUCGGUCGUGUUUAGCCAUGACAUCUCCAGCCGUGCUUCUUUCCCCACAAAGCACAAACGAGGGACACAGUGAGUGUGCGAUAACAGCGUCAUUUGUUCUGUCAUGAGCGGAGGCAGCAGAAGGGCCCCUAAAUCUCACAGCUGAAUUAGGUCCCCUGGGUUCCCUGUGGCGGUGACAGUGGAAGCAAAGGGUUGCAGAAGGACUGUGGGACAGCAAGGGAUUGACUGCAAAACAGCAGGUGAAAAUCCAGCAGUGUUUUCCUGCUCUAGGUGCUUUGUGGAUAAUGGCGAAGAUGGUGAGAAGAACGUGUGCGUUUUGUUCGGAAGGGGAGGCUGGCUCUGUGAUGUAUAUCGCCACAGAGAGGGACAUUGCAGCUCAUCAGGAUUGUCUGUUAUUUUCCUCAGGAUUUGUGGAAUCUGAAGAUCACAACCCAGAAAAUCUGGGAAUAAGGUUUGAUGUGUCAUCAGUGUUAAAAGAGCUCAGGAGAGGAAAGCGACUGGUGUGCAGCUUCUGCCGCAAGAAGGGCGCCACGGUGGGCUGCGAGGAGCGCGCGUGCCGCCGCAGCUACCACUUCUUCUGCGCGCUGUGCGACGACGCGGCCGUGGAGAGCGACCAGGCCAACGGCGUCUACCGAGUGUUCUGCCCAAAACAUGACCCAGGGAAUAGGACCAAUCACUACGAUGCAGCUAAUAAGAAAAGAAAACGUACAUUGACAUCUCCCACCGCCACAGAAGAAAUGAGUACAGAAGAGACAGCAGAAGAAGACCACUUACAAAUACUAAAAAGAAAAAACAACAGGCAUAAAGCAGUUCGAAUAGACUUGGUUAGGAAGUGCAAACAAGCUGGGCUUCUGGAUGACAUAUUUGAAGAAAUGCUGGACACACUUCACCUGGCUCAGGAAAAACUGAUGGAUGACAACACUUCAGAGACAGAGUAUGAAGAGACAGUGAUGGCACUGUUUGACUGUGGACUGUUUGAAAAUAUACUGACAAAUAUUUAUUCAGGAACAGAAGAAAAAAUCCAGAAACUUCUGGAAAACAGAAAAAGACUGGAUCACAAGAUUGAGCUACUGCAGGACUUAAAAGAAGUCAUCCUUUCUACUCCAGACAACAUGGCCAGUACAUCCAGUACCGUGUCCGAAUAACCCCUGUCUGUGAUAGUGCAAUAGUUAGGAUUUUCUAAUGAUAAAAACCACAGAGCAGUCUGAGCAGUGCCCAAUUCCCCAGCCCCAAGAAGGGGGCUGAAUGGGAUGAUAUACUCAUUUUUAUACCUCACUGUUGAAAUAAGUUUCAAAUUAUUCAAGUUUCCAAAUCUUUAUCUUCAUGUUUUCCCUGGUUCCAUUAUAAAUUUCCAUUUAUAUUCCACAAUGGAAUAGAAAUGAAUGUUAUAAACUGAAUUUAGCUUUUUGAAAACACAACAGAACCCUUCAGAGAAGACUUUCUUCUCAGAGCCAAGGGAGUGUUCAGCUGCCACAGAACACGUGCUAACUGUGGGAGCCUUCUCCAGGCUGGGCAGCCGCUGCCUCACUGUCUGUGUCAGUGAUGUUUGAAGGGUCGUAGUGCUGCUUUGGCUUUCCCAAAAAAGAUAAAUGAGCAGAACUUGCACACAAAGAAGCCUUCUGGUUAUAAACAGGAGUUUAAUUUAAAAAGCCAAAUUAUUCUUUCUUGACUGGUCCAGGUGUAGCUGUUUCUGCUGUAAGGGCAGUGGUAAAGCAGUGUUUGCAGGCAGACCAGAAAGGGUUGGGUGUCAUACUCAGAGCAAAACAGUGACUGGAUCUGCCCUUCUCCGUUAAGAAAGGGUUCAGCUUUCAUCUGUUUUGUCUUUAAAAUAUUGUUUGAAUACAG